UUGGCCGCAUCAUAGUACAAUGGAGGACUCAUCAUGUCAUCAUUAAAAAAGACGCGUAUCGGUCAUCUAUCGCUCCUUAGUCGGAUACAAGUCUCGCCUGUAUUCUCGGUUCAUUGUGUGAAGUGAUAACUGUAUUUAACGACGAAGACAUGGAGGGAAACGGAGAGAAAGUAAAUGCUGAUGAUAUUGUUAUUAUUGUGGAGAACGAAGCAGAAAGCAUGCCAGUUCAAGAGGCAAAUGCAAACGACCAAAUUACUCAAAGUACAAUGGAUGUUUGCCCAGUCUGCAAGCUGAAUUUCCAUAGCAGAGAACCCAAACUCUUGCCUUGCCUGCAUUCUUUUUGCAAGAGAUGUCUCCCAUCACCUUCAAGAAACUUGCUGUAUUCUGAUCAAAGGAGUAACCACCAACUUCAAAUCGAAAACACAUCCAAAACACUGAACGUGAUCCGUUGUCCAGUGUGUCAUCAAGAGUGUAUGGAGGUUGAGGUUCUGGAUAACUUCUUUGCAAAGGACUCUAUGGAGGUGCCAAGCAGUACAGUGGAAAAGACUAGUCAGGUGUGCAUGAGUUGUGAUGAUAACACAGAGGCCACAGGCUUCUGUGUGGAAUGUGUUGAGUUCCUUUGUGUCACCUGCAUUGAGGCCCAUCAGCGGGUGAAGUUUACCAGGGAUCAUACAAUAAGGCAGAGGGAGGAAAUGUCUCCAGAGGCAAUGGGAGCUUCUACACAGAAGCCUGUUUUCUGUGAUGUCCACAAGCAAGAGCCCUUGAAGCUGUUCUGUGAGACCUGUGACCGUCUCACCUGUCGGGACUGUCAGCUUCUCAAGCACAAGGACCACAAUUACCAGUUUCUUGAGGAUGCUUACAGAAAUCACCGAGAACAUCUUGAGAAUAUGACACACCAACUCCAAGAAAAGAGGAAGGCCAUAGAGGACGUGUCUAACACAAUAAACAGCGGGCUCCAACACGUUGAUGAAAACCGAAAGGCUGUCACCAAUGAGAUUAAAAAGUCUAUUUGCAAUCUUAUAAUGGAGAUUAACAGAAAGGGAAAAAUUCUGGUGAAUCAGCUUGAGGCUCUCACAAAAGACCAUGAAACAGUCCUUAAGAAACAACAAGAAGAUGUGUCCUCCCUCUCCAAACACUUAGAUCAUGUGAUCAGCUUCACUAAGUGGGCAACAGCCAGUAAUAGUGGCACUGCUCUUCUGUAUUGUAAACGAUUGAUUAUGUGUCAAAUACAAUACCUCAUGCGGGCAAAAUGCAACGCUUCAUUCGUUCCUCUGAGCUCAGUUCGGUUCCAGUGUCGUUCUGGCUUCUGGGCUUCGAAUGUUGAUCUUGGGUCACUGGUGGUGGAAAAGGCCCCAGGUCGUCAACCAGGUGGCAUGCAAGGCUUCCCUUUCCAACCCGUUCAUCCUGGUCCGAGACCUGAGGGUCCCUCCGGGGCUUUUGCAGACGGGCAGUCUCAACAGCAGCGACAGAGCACACUGGCCCAACUCCAGAUGCAGGUAGAGAAGCUCGCCCAGCAUCCAAACCGACAACUCCCACCCAACCACUGGUCCUGGUACCAGAACAUGCGACUUCCAGGAGGGCCACCACCCAGGCCAAUGCAGGGCGGCUCACCCUCACAGAGCCUGCCCGGCAUGACCCAGCAAGGCCGAAGAUAUGGCCCUCCGCACCAAAGUCCACGAAGUCCUACCUCUGUGCUACAGAACACGGGACUCCCUCAUCAGACUCUUAGAGGACUUAUCAACAGCUCAAACUUCCCUCCCAAACCCAUUGAUGUUCUCCAGGGCACAUCACGUUUUUCACAGAAUGCAGCUCUCACCAGUGGAGGGACCAUGAAUUCUCAAUCUUCUCUUCAUCAGGUAGUUGAUACAGAAAAAGAGCUAGAAUACGUUCAGAACAUUUUGGAGAGAAACAUGAUGGAUGCUGCAUACAUGAAUAAGAGGACUGAGCCUAUGGGGUCUGUGUCUCUGUCUGCAUCAAGACCCAGUUUUCCACAACACUUGCCUUCCACUGCUAUAGACAGAACUGCACAAGGAGUACAGAUUUCUCCCAUGUCCUCAGCUACCUCCUCAGAUGGAAAGGCAGGGUCUGGUCCUCUGAAGCGCUCAGACCAGCCCCAAGGCGCGCCGCCCAACUCGGUCACAAAAAGACGACGAAGAGCAUCGCCGGGCCCCAUCAUCGUCAUCAAGGACGAGCCAGAGGAUGACGACGAAGUCCACUUUGUCCACAGCAGUGCAAAAGCUAGCCUUCCAGACAGCACAGGGGUUCAGUCUCAGACGCCGCAACAGGAGUCCCCUCCUGGAGAAGAACAGCCGACAGAAAAGACCCCAGAGCCUGACGAAGACCCAAAUGAGGACUGGUGUGCUGUGUGUCAAAAUGGAGGAGAGCUUCUCUGCUGUGACAAAUGUCCCAAAGUCUUCCACCUCAACUGUCACAUCCCCACUCUCACAGCAUCCCCCAGCGGUGAGUGGUUCUGCACGUUUUGUCGAGACCUAAUCUCACCUGAAAUGGAGUAUGAUAUCUGCAAGGAUAGCGAGUCCAAAGUGGUAAAGGAGGAUCCAGAUUCUGAGACGUUCACACCUGUGGAUAGACGAAAAUGUGAAAGACUAUUACUUCGGAUUUACUGCAAUGAACUUAGCACUGACUUUCAGGAGCCUGUAACGCCAUCGUCAAUGCCUGAGUACAGUAAGAUCAUCAAAACCCCAAUGGAUCUCUCCAUUGUGAAGAGUAAGCUGGAGUCCAGACAGAGCCCAGCCUAUAAGAGAACGGAGGACUUUGUGGCAGAUGUCAGGCUCAUUUUCAAAAACUGUGCAACAUUCCACAAGGAGGACACAGAGAUGGCUAGUGUGGGAGCAAAUCUGGAGAGCUUCUUUGAGGAGCAGCUGAAACUCCUGUAUCCUGAUCGUACCUUUCCCGACGUGAAAGAGGAAGGUAUCGCUCCUUUGGCACCCGAAGAACCUGAGCAAACGUCAAGUCCGACACCUGCUGCUUCCCCUGCUGAGAAAGCUGUGGAACCUCCGAGUGAUGCGCAGCCUGAAGAAACACUCCAGUCUAAAGACACAGAGGGGGAAACACAGGACAACAGCAGUCCUGAAAGCACAGCCAAGGGGGAAGAGGAGUCAAAGGAACAGACUGGGGAGUAAAAACAUGUGUGGAGAGCUCAGAUCCUUUACACAUUGUACAGCAACACAACAGCAAAGAAGCAUGAGAGUAUCUUUCCAUCACUCGACUAUUUGAAUUGGGAUUAGCAUGUUGUGCUAAAUCAUUUUCUGCAAUAACAAUGUAUAUAAAAUAUUAGUAACAACGUAUUCUGGAGAAGGGCAAUACAGCCACUUAAAUAUGUUGUGACAGGCCCAAUAAAUGCCUCUGUGGGGGGAAAAAAAACAUUUUCUUUAUAUGUUCUCUGUAUGUAAUAUUAAGGGGUGAACUUAAUGGUGAAAAUAGAGAUGAAAUAUGAGGGGAAAGUAAAGAUGAAGUAGACAUUAGAAGAAAAGUAUUAAAGGUCUUCACAUAUUUGAGUGGUUACAGUUCUUCUUGUCUAAUAGUAGAAGUUAAUCAUUUUCAGUUAUGUAUAUGUACAGCCCUUAUAUUUAUGGAAAAC